CGGGAAAGCCAUCCCGGACCUGUCCGUACCGGUGCAGGCGGUGCAGGCUGCAGUCAGCAACCUUGUGCGGGUUGGGAAGGAAACGGUUCUAACUACAGAGGACCAGGUGCUAAAGAGAGACAUGCCGCCUGCAUUCAUCAACAUGCUUCCAAAGGUUUGAUAGGGUGGCUGAAAUUGCCGACUCAGCAAUGCUGGACCCCAGACAUCAGGCUGCAUUGACUUGAGUGUCCUGUACUGACAGAAUUAUGGAGAUCGAUGAGCUAAGUGCACCAACAUAACAUCGGUUUUAGAUGAAUUAUCAGCCGCCUUGUCUAACUUCAGUUUUAAUAGCAGAUUCCAGAUCUUACACCCCCAACACACACAUACAUGUAUAGACACAUACAUUACACAUGGGGCACCACACCGUAAAUCUCACCCACCAGGCUUAGGAGGGGGCAUCUGUAAUGUGAACCUGACUAAAUAUAGAUGAACCAGCAGCCAUCGAUACCCUGACCAACGGGGGUCAGAAGAAGGAGGCGGUGCCUUGGCUUCUUUCAAGCACUUCAAGUCAUCACCUAAAUUCAACCUAAGAAAACCUGUAAUAUUGGAACACCCAAAAACAAAACAACAUCCUACAUUGUCGUCCCUUAUGUGCAGUUGUUUGUUUAAUAUGUUUAUUUGUUUGAAAUGUAACAAAAACAAGAGAUAAAUGUUCCCGGUGUGUGCAGGGUGGAGAACUCGUCUUCUAAACUGGUCCAAGCGGCUCAGAUGCUGAAGACUGACCCCUACUCAGUUCCUGCUCGGGAUUACCUCAUCGACGGCUCGAGAGGGAUUUUGUCGGGCACGUCUGACCUGCUGCUUACGUUCGAUGAGGCCGAGGUGCGUAAGAUAAUCCGCGUGUGCAAAGGAAUCAUGGAGUAUUUGACAGUAUCCGCAGUGGUGGAGACCAUGGAGGACCUCGUCACGUACACUAAAAACCUGGGCCCAGGGAUGACCAAGAUGUCAAAGAUGAUAGAGGAGCGACAACAGGAGCUGACACACCAGGAGCAUAGACAAAUGCUCAUCAACUCCAUGAGCACGGUCAAAGAGCUGCUGCCUGUCCUGAUAUCAGCGAUAAAGAUUUUCGUGGCAACCAAGAGCGGGCGUGGCGCCGGCAUUGAGGAGGCCGAGAGGAACCGCCGCUUUACCUUCGAGAAGAUGAGCGGCGAGAUCACUGAGAUCAUCAGAGUCUUACAGCUCACCACGUGGGACGAAGACGCCUGGGCGAACAAGGAUAUGGAAGCACUGAAGAGAUCUUUGGCUUUGAUUGAAUCGAAGAUGAUCCAAAUGAAAAAUUGGCUGAAAGACCCCUACGGACAACCAGGAGAACCCGGCGAGGUCGCAUUGCGUGUGAUUCUGGACGAGGCGGGAAAGGUGGGAGAGCUUUGUGCUGGGAAGGAGAGGAAGGAUAUCCUGGCGACACAUAAAGCUCUGGGACAAAUGACAGACCAGAUUGCAGAUCUUCGAGUCAGAGGCCAGGGUCCGAGCCAGGCGUGUGUGCAGCGUGCAGGCCAGUGCUCUCAGGGCUUAGACUUGUUAUUUGCAAAAGUGGAUAGUGCUGCUCGCAGACUGGAGGCUCUUAUCAAUGCCAAGCAAGCAAUCGCCAGGAGGCUGGAUGCGGCACAGGCCUGGUUGGCCGACCCUAACGGUGGUGCGGAGGGCGAGGAGAACAUCAAGGCGUUACUGGCAGAGGCCAAACGCAUUGCCGACCUGUGCGAGGACCCCAAAGACAGGGACGACAUCCUGCGCUCCAUCAGUGAGAUCGCAGGCCUCACCUCCAGACUUGUGGACCUUCGCAAACAGAUCAGAGUGCAGCCUUGUGUCACCAAUACCUGGCACAUUUUACCGGCCUGGAAAUUAUGUUGUUGCCUGUCAACUUUGGGCAUCAGUCCUACAAUAAGAGGUAAAGGUGACAGUCCAGAGGCGCGUGCCUUGGCAAAACAAAUCGGUGCGGCCCUGCUGACCCUGCAGGCCAAAACCAACCGAGCUGUGGCCAACAUGAGGCCCGCCAAGCCUGCAGUCACCCUAGAGGGCAAAAUGGAACAAGCUCUGCGCUGGGUCGCCAACCCCGGAAUGGAUGACAGAGGUGUAGGUCAGGCGGCUAUCAGAGGGAUGGUUGGAGAAGGCAGGAGGCUGGCAGGAGGCCUCUUGGGGCCAUACCGCCAGGACAUGAUGGGACGCUGCGACCGGGCAGAGGCUCUCAUGACAUCUUUGGCAGACAUGGCUGGCAGGGGGGAAGCAGAGGCCCCCCACGCUCGAGCAACUGCCGUGCAGCUACAUGACAGCCUCAAGGACCUGAGGCAGAAAAUGCAGGAGGUGAUGACCCAGGAAGUAUCUGAUGUCUUCAGUGACACCACAACCCCUAUCAAAUUGCUGGCUGUAGCUGCGACCUCUCCCCCAGAUGCCCCCAACAGAGAGGAGGUUUUUGAGGAGCGCGCUGGGAACUUUGAGGCCCACGCGGGUCGUCUGGGGGCAACAGCUGAGAAGGCGGCUGCUGUGGGAACAGCCAAUAAGAGCACGGUGGAGGGGAUUCACGCUGCAGUCAAACAUGCUCGCGAACUCACGCCACAGGUAACUUCUGCUGCUCGGAUCUUGUUGAAGAAUCCUGGAAAUAAAGCAGCGUACGAGCAUUUUGACACCAUGAAGAACCAGUGGAUCGACAAUGUAGAGAAACUCACAGGUUUGGUGGAUGAGGCCAUAGACACGAAGUCGCUGCUCGACGCCUCCGAGGAAGCCAUCAAGAAAGACAUCGACAAGUGCCGAGUUGCCAUGGCGAAUGUUCAGCCCCAAAUGCUUGUUGCCGGGGCGACGAGCAUCGCACGGCGAGCCAAUCGGGUUCUGCUGGUGGCCAAGAGGGAAGUGGAAAACUCGGAAGAUCCGCGCUUCCGGGACUCUGUGAAACACGCGUCAGACGUCCUGUCGCACACCAUCUCCCCCAUGGUCAUGGAAGCCAAAGCGGUGGCUGGCAACAUACAAGAUAAAGGGCUGCAGAAGGCCUAUUUGGACUCCUGUCUGAGGAUCCUGGCCGCUGUGGGAAAAGUCAGAGAGGCCUUCCAGCCUCAGGAGAUGGACUUCCCCCCUCCACCACCUGACCUAGAUCAACUCCAACUGAGCGAUGAGCAGGCUCCACCCAAGCCGCCCCUGCCAGAAGGCGAGGUGCCGCCCCCGCGCCCUCCUCCUCCCGAGGAAAAGGAUGAAGAGUUCCCGGAGCAGAAGGCUGGGGAGGUCGUCAGUGAGCCAAUGAUGGUGGCCGCCAAACAGCUGCACGACGAGGCCCGCAAGUGGUCCAGCAAGGAGGGAGUAGAGGUAGACGAUGAAGAUGAGUUUACUGAUGGUGAGGAUGACUAUGAGCCAGAGCUGCUGCUGAUGCCCUCCAACCAGCCUGUCAAUCAACCCAUGCUGGCGGCUGCCCAGGCGCUGCACCAGGAGGCGCGCAAGUGGUCCAGCAAGGGCAACGACAUCAUCGGGGCCGCCAAGCGUAUGGCUCUUCUGAUGGCCGAGAUGUCCCGGCUGGUGCGUGGCGGCAGUGGCAACAAGCGAGCGCUGAUCCAGUGCGCCAAGGACAUUGCCAAAGCAUCGGAUGAGGUGACGAGACUCGCCAAGGAAGUGGCCAAGCAGUGCACGGACAGACGCAUCAGGACGAACCUGCUGCAGGUGUGUGAGCGGAUCCCCACCAUCAGCACUCAGUUGAAGAUCCUAUCCACGGUGAAAGCAACCAUGCUGGGUAGAACAAACAUUAGUGAGGAGGAGUCCGAGCAGGCCACAGAGAUGCUGGUCCACAACGCCCAGAACCUGAUGCAGUCCGUGAAGGAGACGGUCAGGGAAGCUGAGGCGGCCUCCAUCAAGAUCCGCACAGACGCAGGAUUCACCCUCCGCUGGGUGCGCAAGACUCCCUGGUACCAGUGAACGCAGCAGUGACUUUGUGAACAGCAGCACACACUACGUAUAAAGAGUGAAAAAAAAGAAGUAGCAACAUAGACAUACUGUAGAUGAUUCUCCAUCAUCCACUGUAGAUGUGCUUCAUUUAAAGCUUCUUUUGUCCCUUUUUAAAAUGGACACAAAAGAAGCAUCUUUAUUAAUAUAUAUUUUUGGUAUGUUGAUUGCAAGUAGCUAUAUAUUUUUUGCAUGAAGAUGUUUUCUAUUUUCUAAAAGGCAACUUGAAACAUUGUGAUAGGACUUUUGUGUUUCACAGAGCUUUGUUUCUUAACAAUGAAGUGUUUCGUGUGUGUGUGUACACUCAUCUGUGAGAGAUAUUCACUGACUUUAAAACAUUUAAGUGCAGCGCGCUCCCGAUCUCAUGUUUACUUUGACAAUUAGCGCUGCUCUUAACUGAUUGAAGACCUGCGUGUCAAUUUAAAGGUGUGGCGUCAUCACCUACAUUUGGUGACGCUUAUACUUGAACUAUGAAGUCUUCUGGAUUAGAAAUCCUUGGCAAAGAAGUGUGUAAUUCCAUAAACUGCUGACUGCUGAUAAAAUGGCAGAUUUAGUUGAUUGAAGUAUUUGCAGAGCGUUGGUUAUGUGUGUGUGUGUGUGUGUGCACGUGUGUGUGACAGUAUGGAGGAACCCAUGAGUAGUCAUAAGGAUGGGCAUAAUGAUAAAUUUUAGUCUUGUGGAAUUUAUUGCUAAUUAGUUGUUUUCUUCAAGGCAAAAUGGUGUUCAGUCUCAACCAGUUUUCUGUCUAAAGCUAACCAGCAGCAUUUUGGCUGUAGGAAGAUUAGCUACAUCCACACUAUGUACACAACUCCUCCACGCAACAUUCAGUUCAAUACAGCACUGGCAUGGAAACAGGAAUUACAAAUAUUCAGAUAAUGGAAACGUUUGAAAUUAACAUUUUCCCCAUAGUCAAUCAAGGAAAUGUAGUCAAAUGUCCAUCCCUAUUUAAAUGUGAAGUUUUUAUGGCUGCUGAUUUUAUUUUUAUUUUUUUAUUAUUUUGAAGCAAAAUGUUGCAUUUGACAUUGAAUAACUACAUUUUAAAGCUAUAAUUCAUUCAAAGAGCCCGCCACCACACAUUUUUAUUUUAUCCUACUUCAUAUAUUUUCUAGUUACGUAUAACAUUUAUUUUCAUGUACUAUUUCCUUAACAGUUGAAAUGUUUUGGUGUCACAAUUUAACAAAAUUACAUGCAACGAGCGCCGCACUCCAUACCUUUUAAGCUGUUGUUUCACUUUUACUUUAUUAUAUAAAGUAUUUUGUAUGAUUGCUGGGCAAAUGUAACUGUUAAAUGGAGCAUCAGUGUGUGUGCGCGCGCGUCAAUAUAAAGGAGCACGCUAUUAAAGGGACAGAAUGUAGUGAGCAUGUAGCAUCCGCUUUCUCAGAGCGACAGGGUGUUUGAAUAUGAUUACAGUAUACAUGUACUGUGAUGUGUCCCAUGCGCCCGAAUUGUAUCCUGAGAGCUUAUGGCCACUCAAACACAUGCGCUGUUUGUGCCUUGGAAUAAAAAGACUGACAAUGAAUGAA